AUGAAUCUUCUUUUUCUAAUUGCUUCCCUCUUUUCCUCAUUUCUAAUUGUCAAUUCAACAGUGACGUGUAACUAUGGAGACACUGAAUACGAUGGAUACUGUUAUACUUUCGUGGAUCAACAUUUACAUUUCCCGGAUGCACAAGCAUAUUGUGCUUCACUAGGAGGAGUUUUAGUCAGAUUCAGAGGGAAUGCUGAUGGAAGAUGGCUUACUUCCACGGCUGCCACUAAAUUCCACGCUACUUAUGGAAACUUCUGGAUUGGUCUUCAUUACGUAAAAAACGCAAACAAUGAAAACAAAACGCUCAUCUGGGAUGAUGGACACGAUGUUAACUAUACGAAUUGGUUUUCUGGAUCUCCAUUCAGUGGAUAUGAUUAUGUCGGAGCACGGCUAGCAGACACUAAAUGGGUUUCUCUUCUGGCAGAAACUCCUCUUCCAUUCAUUUGCUAUUAUCAGAAAGGACAAAACAGAAAUCAGCCAACAACUCCUGUUCCAAGUGAACUUCCGACUGGUAUUUGUGAUGGUGCAGAACUUCUACUAGGACACAGAUGUUUCUUCUUCAAUCCAACUCUUCUUAAUUAUGAUUUGGCAAAACAAGAAUGUGAAAAAGCAAGAAAAACAUUGGCAAUCUUCGACGACUUUAGUCAGAUCAACUUUGUUACAUCUACAGCAAUCAGCAAAUUUUCAAUGACAUACGGCUCAUUCUGGAUCAGUCUUAGAAAAAAUUCAAAUGAUGAAAAUGAUAAAAAGUUCUAUUGGGCAGAUGGAAGUGUUAAUACACUCAGUAACUGGACACCUGGAUAUCCGUUCCAAAAUCAAUUUGUUGUAUCUCUACAAGUAUCAAAUAGUAAAUGGAAAACAUCUGACAAUUCAACUUAUAUGCCCUCUGUGUGCAGUGGAUAUGUUCAAUAA